CAGUGCAAAGAGUCUGACUGGGGAAGGAGGCAUCACUGGACUUUAAGCAGCAACAGUCUGGUGAUGGGAAGAAAAUUGUAUUGAAGAGCAGAAAACAUUUUCUCACAUAACAAAGAAAUACCAGCAACAGCAUAACUGGAAGUGCAGACAUGGCAAACAAAUAGUCUAUGGAAUAAGAUUCUCCAGCUGGAGGCAAAUCUAUGGCAGCUCAGCUGUAAUGGUUUGUAAUGGGAGGGACGCUGCCCCUAUUGCUUGACAAACACAAUGAAUAGCGCAGAUCUGCCAGUCAUAUAGGUGUGCAGGAGGACUGGCAGACACAGGGAGGUAUCAGUGCACUCGGGUGCGGCUGCUGAAGCAGCUCUGUCCAGCCAGCCCCGAGGCUGAGGGGAGUAACAGUCUGCAGCUGGAGAGAUGACUCUGGUCUCUGGGGAGAAUGUGGAUGAGACUCUGGUGUCACUCAGUGCCUUGGGGCAGGAAGGCUAUGACCCAGAGAAGGCGACACAGGACUGCUGCGAGAGGGUGGUCAUCAACAUCUCAGGACUGCGGUUUGAGACCCAGUUAAGGACAUUAGCUCAGUUUCCCCAUACCUUGCUGGGGGACCCAAGGAAGAGAAUGAGAUUUUUUGACCCCCUGAGGAAUGAGUACUUCUUUGAUCGCAACCGUCCCUGCUUCGAUGCCAUAUUAUAUUACUAUCAAUCCGGUGGCAGGCUCCGGAGACCUGUUAAUGUGCCAGUUGAUAUCUUCCUAGAAGAGAUCAAAUUUUAUGAGCUGGGAGAGGAUGUCAUUGAGAUGUUUAGAGAUGAUGAAGGAUUCAUCAAAGAAGAGGAGCGACCUUUGCCAAACAAUGACUUCCAGAGACAAGUCUGGUUGCUCUUUGAGUACCCUGAAAGCUCAGGUCCUGCCAGGGGUAUUGCUAUUGUGUCUGUUCUCAUUAUCCUAAUAUCUAUAGUCAUUUUCUGCCUAGAGACUUUGCCCGAAUUUAGAGAGGAGGUCAGACUGUCUGGGGGGCAUCUUGUGAUUAAUGGCACUCGCACAUUAAAAGAUAGCCCUUUUACUGACCCUUUCUUUCUUAUUGAGACCCUUUGCAUUAUAUGGUUCUCCUUUGAGCUCCUGGUCAGGUUCUGCGCCUGUCCAAGCAAACCUGCCUUCUUCAAGAACAUGAUGAAUGUCAUUGAUAUUGUGGCCAUUAUCCCAUAUUUCAUCACCUUGGGAACAGAACUUGCGGAACAACAAGGUAGCAAUGGUCAACAGGCUAUGUCCUUGGCCAUUCUGAGAGUCAUACGCCUGGUUCGAGUUUUCAGGAUUUUUAAGCUCUCCAGACACUCCAAAGGACUUCAGAUUUUGGGAAAAACACUCCAGGCUAGUAUGAGGGAGCUGGGGCUACUUAUUUUCUUCUUGUUUAUCGGUGUUAUAUUAUUCUCUAGUGCAGUUUAUUUUGCAGAAACAGAUGACCCUGAAUCCUUGUUCACUAGCAUCCCUGAUGCCUUCUGGUGGGCUGUAGUGUCCAUGACCACAGUUGGUUAUGGUGACAUGUACCCUCUGACCAUCGGGGGCAAAAUUGUAGGUUCUCUUUGUGCCAUUGCAGGAGUAUUGACAAUCGCUCUUCCAGUCCCUGUAAUUGUUUCCAAUUUUAACUAUUUCUACCACAGAGAGACUGAUCAUGAAGAGCAAUCUCAAUACACUCAUGUGACAUGUGGACAGCAGCCAUCUACAUUUGGAGACCUAAAAAAGAGUGAAAGCAAACAGUCAUUCAAUAAGUCAGAUUACAUGGAAUCAGAAGAGAUAGAUGACACAAAAUAUACUAAUUUUACCUCCACAAACCAACACUAUGCAGAACAAAAAAAGUUAACCGAAGUAUGACCUGUUGAAGACCUCACUGGACUGGAGGAGCUUACAAUGUAGAAGGUCUCUCAUUACCAUAUUGUAAAGUGUAGAAGAUAAUAAGCCAUUCUAGAGUUUAUUAAAGGGACAGUACACUGUAAAAUUGUUUUUCCAUUAAUGUAUUUUAAAUGACUUGUUAUACCAACUGCAGAGUAUAAAAUAUUUGAGAAAUUCAA